AUGGAUGAGCCGUUCCAAACCAUUCCCAAAUUGAUUUAUAUAACGAUAAUGGCCCUACAACUCACUCUUCUAUUCGCUUCUUACUUUAGUAUUUAUCAUUCAAAUUCGCUUUUUGUACAUUCCAAAUCCACGAAAGCUUUCUAUGCAGACUUUGAUGUUACUAAACUCCCGAAUGGAGCCAUAUAUCCAGACUCUCCUCUCUUUGCAAACAUUUUCUUUAAGAAUGGCACCAUGACCCAGUUUGCUAAGGACUUUGCAGCGAACAAGUACGUUUGGAAUGAAGACUUUUGUUUACUUGAUUCGGACGGUGAUGGACUAACCAAUGGUGAUGAGUUGGGCGAUCCAUGUUGUUAUUGGUCUUCGGGUAAUCCAGCAUCCAGAAGAUAUCUCUUGAGUGAGUUGAGUGACCCAUCCGAUAAUUCAAGUAUUGCAAAUUUUGCCUCUGCUACAAAUGUUUCAGUGGUGGAAGGUUUAGUGGCUAUACCAACUCAUUUCAGUAUUGAAUUGAAGUGGAAGUUGUCCAACGAUACUACGAAUCUUGUUUGCUACUAUCAAAUCCAAAUGUCAACAUUGAAUGCCUUGGGAUAUACUACUGUCAUGUACAAGACACAUAAUGCUAAUUCCUAUACAAGAUACAAUUUGGAUCAGAACACAACUUAUUCUUUCAGAAUUUUGCCUUAUAACAAGUUCAAAGGUUAUUCAUGGUACGGUGUAGGAAAGCAAUCCAUAAUAUUCGCAAAAACCUCAGUAGAUCCAUAUGGACAGGGUAUUGGGGAUGAUUGCCCAUCAAAUGUAAUUACAUGGUCGGAAUUAUCCUCAAACCAAACAAUAUUCAAUUUUACCUCACAAGUGAUUGUUACCACAACCACUAACUUUACCGUUUGUACCAACCAAAGUUCUGUUCAACAGGUAAAUGUGUCACGCACAGAAUACGAGUGUCAGUACCACUACUUUAUCACUGAAUGCACAAAAUCAAACAGCACGGAAUCUGGUCUCAACAUUACCAUCUGUAACACCACUGCAGUGACAGUGGAUGAUUUGUGCGAUUGGUUUUAUGAUUUUAUAUUGGAUACAAGUUCUCCUAUGCUUCAGGAUGUUCAGGUGUUUGGAUGCUUAAUUUUUAGUGACGAAAUAGAUAUUGAAAUGCAUUUUGAAACGAUGGUUGUGACAGGAUUGCUUCAAAUUGGAAACGAGACUCAUCCCUACAAACACAACGCUACAAUAACUCUGCAUGGUCAAAAGAAUGAAUUCAGUGAAAAAGGUUUAGGAAACAACAUCGCAAUCACAAGUGGAGGUCAUUAUGCAGAUACAGAAUACUACACAAAAUCUAACGGUACAGUCGUGGAGUUUGAUCAAAGAGGAGAAGUUGGUCUGCUCACUCACAACAUUCGCAUUCAAGGAGAUCAAGAUAGUGACUUUACAUUAUUUGGAGGUCAUACGAUUUAUAUGAAAACAUCCAAAUACAUCAAAUUGAACAACGUUGAGUUUAGAAGAAUGGGUCAGGCUGGUGUAUUGGGCCGCUACCCACUAAGCAUUCAUGACACGUACCAACGAGCUGUAACUUUUCACGGAGUUCAUGGUUUGCAUGCAGAAGGUAUAGUUGCAUAUAACAACUUUGGACACGCGUUUUUCCUUGAAGAUGCAGUUGAAGAAGGAAAUUUAAUCGAAAACUGCUUAGGUCUUGUCACAAAAGCCAUUCCUGAUUCAAGAGCUAUUCUUACUCCCACAAAUUUUGAUUCUUCUCCAGCAACGUUCUGGAUGACAAAUCCUAACAAUAUCCUCAUUAAUAAUAGAGCUGCAGGUUCUGCAGGUUAA